AUGGUCACCUACCCUUCUCUGUGGUUUGCUUUGCUUAAGGCCUUUUGCAAUUUGAAUACAGCAGAGAAUCUGAUCAAAUUGGUGGACUUCAGAGCAACUGUAAUUAACCAGUUUGAGGAAGCUACCUUCUACAGCCUGAAGGGUGAGGUCUGUUAUAACAUGGGCCAAAUGAAUUUGUCAAAGAAAUUUAUCAGGAAGGCUUUGAUUUUAUUAAACAGAAGAUUCCCAUUUAUCUUGAUUGGAGUCUUUUUUAAGACUCUGAUGGAAGUGUCAAAGCACGCGUCUCACCAGAAGAAGCAGCAAUUCUUGUAUAGUCGCAGUAAAGGAUUCUCACUCUGCUGCCAGAUGAUGGGUAACCAAGAUGAAUGGAUGAAAUAUGAGCUGAUGGCCAUCCAGCGUAGCUCUCACCUCCGGGUUAUCGGAGGAGGGCUAUUAACAACAGUUAAAUUAGCACAGUCAUUGGCCUAUAUGAAGCUCUGCUUGGGUAACCUGCCCUUAUCUAUUCAAUUAGGCUAUCGAGCCCAUGAAAUGUGUGUGUGUCUGAAGAAACCGAAGCUGGACUAUCUGGUUCUCUGCAUGCUCUUCAAAGCUCUCUUUCUGAGCAUCAGGUACCAAGAUUGUGUGCAAGUACUGAGCUGGCUGGAGCAGUUGGCUGUUGUGGAGGAGACAAUCAUUGGGAUGGCUUGUUUCUUUUCUUACUGUUUAGAACUCUUGCUUUAUGUUGGAUUUUCAUUUAAGUCAUUUAAAGAAUGCCUGGAAUUCAUACAACGCAAUGAAAAAAACUGCAUCCUUAUGUCUCAGAACAGCAUCAUGUUGGGGCUGUAUUCAUCCCUGGCCAUUUGGUAA